UUUUCGAAUCUAUAUCACCUAGCUGUCACUUUAACCAGAAUAUUUUUGCAAUUCAACAUCUGCGUAACAAAAUAGUGCUAAUACAUAAAUACUUAGAAAUAGCAAAACUAGAACAAAAUAGUGUACCUAUGAUGCCAGAACAGGUGGUGAAGGUGCCCCGGAGUGUGUCCCCGGUGGCCAGGGCAGGAGCUGGAGACAUCUCCGAACGAGAACUGUCGAGGGAAAGACAUAACUUGCAGUUGCAGACCACUCCGCCUGCUCGCGUGCAACCAGCUCAUCCGAAGAAGCAGUUGUUCUCGGCUCCUGUGAACAAGUUCACAGCCAAAUGGUGCGGCCCCAGCCCCAACCUAGCCAGGAUCCGAAGCUGUCUGGAUGCCUACGCCAACCAGGAGACUCCUACAAGGUCUGUCGCCAAGACCAAGGCGGCUUCUAUGGAGGACUUGACGCCUACUAAACGGAUUUGCAGGAGAAACUUGCUGCCGGUACUUGCGUCUCCGAUUGUGCACGGUCCUGCCGAGGAGGUGGCAGCCGCCAAGAUCUGCCAGUUCAUGCUGAUUGCAGCUUGGAGGCGGCGGCGUGAGGACGUCAGGUGUCUUCGCAAGACUUUGGAAACACAGGUGUCUUAUUCGGAACGGCUGCGGAUCCAGAUUUCUGCUCUGAAGUCCCUGCUGGAUUCUGACAACUCCAAGGUGAGGUUGGCGAUGCGGGAGUUGGAACGGCUGAAGCAGCUGCUCAGGGACAAGGAACUGGAGAAGGCUGUACUGGAACGAGAAAAAUUGGCUUUGGAAGAUGAUGUAUGUGCUGCUGAAGACCGCGCUUCCGAAAUGAGUAUUGGCUGGCGCAACUGCCGCAACGAGUUGGACGGCGUGCGCGCGUCGGCGGCCGUCAGCGAGCACGCGCUGGCGCUGGAGCGCGCCGCGCACAGCGACACGCUCGCCUCCAGAGACGACGCAUACGACAGGUUGGCGAUACUGGAAGAGGACCUGGCUCAGCACGAGGAGUUGCUGGCGUCAGCGGAGGCCGAGGUGGCCGCGCUGCGCCGGGAGAGUGAUGAGAAGCAGCGGCUGCUCGAUGUCACCAUCGAGAAACUCGCCUACGAGGAGGAGGCGAGGCAGCAAUGUUCCCGCGAGUGCGCGGCGCUGACGGCGCGCGUGUCUGCGGCGGCCGACGAGACUGCCGCGCUGCGCGGGGAGCUGCUGGCGCUGCGCGGGGAGCUGGCGCUGCUGCAGCAAGACCUCACGCUCACCAGGGAGCAGCUCGACUGGUGGCCGCGACCACUCACCAAGAUGCUGGGUGCAGCGCGGUCAUGGUUCCGCAACCCCAAGGCAGUGCCAGAAGCCAUCAUAUGGACGCUCAUACCAGCUCGACAUGGCAUACCGUAGCCAGAACAACGAAUAUAAACCUUAACACCUUUGACAUAAGACUGAUUGUAUUCUAUCAUAUUUUUAAGUGCUAGUAGCCAAUAGUUGAAUGGAAUAGAUUGGCAUAAGCUCUCGUCAAAUUGAGUAUAGAUAGACUCGACAAAUAUAAUAGAAAAGUUAAUGCUGACUGACUUACUUUAAACUUGUUAUAUGUCAAUGUGAAUCCCACAUAUUAUUUUUUUAUGUUACUUUAUUCCAUUCGACACGUGGCUAAUAGCGCAAGUUAUUCGUGAGAUAUUUACAAGGUAAGUUUGGUAAGUAUUGUAUUUUUAUAUAAGGAUGUAAGAUGUCCACGUUUUAGAUUUAGAUUAAUUUAAUUAUAAUAAUGUUGUUGGCUCUCGAGUGUAUUUCUAAGUGAUUGUUUACUUAAAUUAAUUUAUUUAAAUAAAUAUUGUAAAAA